AAUGACUAAUUUGAACGAUGUUCUCGACGGUCUCCGAAGCACCAAAGUUAAGGAGCGUGCUGAAGGCCUUAAAGGCAUCACCGAUGCGUUCUCUCGUGAAAGAGCCAUCGCCAACUUCCACAUAAACAGGAACGGCGACCUCAACCUCAAGGUGUGGUGCACGGUAUUCGAUGCACUAUUCCGCUGCUACGCGCUCGAGCGCGACGCCGUCAUGAAGAAGCUCACUUCCAAGGCGAGACACGCGGUAGACAAGGAACCCGUCGACCCUUCCACUUCCCCUGGCGUCAAGAAUUUUCAGGAGACAGUUCGCGUUAUCCGGUGGCUCAUCGAGCGUACGGUGGAGGUCAACGUGAAAGCGGCGGAUAAUAUCUUCAACCACCUCUUGGGCUCAAUCCGUUGCGCGGGCAUUCUGUUCCCGAUUGUUGCCCCGCAAUACGCGAAGGCCUUGAGGUGUUUGCUCGAGCAUCGACCACUUCUCCAGCAUGUAAAGCCUGAACACUGGACCAGGAUGGUCAGAGUUGGGUUCAACAUAGUUCUUGGACGCCCUGUCAACGCGGUCCAAGAUGACGCGCUAAGUCCUGUCGGUGCUGAAAUUGAUUCCGAUAUGUAUGCGGACGAUAGUCCGGGGGACGAGGAAGAGUCGACUGCAGCUUUGAAUAAGGGAAGAAAGCGCACGCCUACAGCUGCCAUCUCCCCCAUCAAGCCCAGAAAAAGGUCAAGACGCAGCCCCAUCCUUUCUGUAUCUGUCGAGCAAAUCGAAUUCGUCUCUAUCCUUCGCCUUUUGAUCGGUUCUUCGACAGCCCCCAUCAUUCACUCCGAUAAGGAAUAUGCAGCAAUUCCUAUGCGCAUUCUAUCCUUCCUGGAGCAAUUUCUCGAGAAAUAUCCCUCCGAUUCAUCUCUCCUGCAAGACUACAUACAGAUCCUCGCGUCGACCCUCAAGCAGUUGUCCUUAAAUCGGAAAGACGAUGUUGAGAGGUUCGCUAGGUCGAAUUGGAAUGGCCUGAUAGGUUUGUGGGCUACCAAGGACAAACGCUUGAAGGAAGGGCUGUUGGUUGUCUUGCGGCACCUUUUCCCAUUCUUUGUCUGCCCUGUUGACUUGGAGCAUCCGACCCCCUUUGCUGGAUGUCUAGAAGGUGUUAGUCGGCUUUGGCAUUUGCUGAAUGGAGAGGCAGAGAAUAGAUGGGGUGUGGAUGGCUUAUCUCUUGAAACCCUUAGGUUGGAGAUCAAAGGGAAAUCCCCCAGUGCGAUUCGAGAAAGCGCCUUCGUCGCCAAUACUUUCCGUGCUGGGUGGGGUUUCGAUGCGGGCCAAGCUUUGUCUUGGGCAAUGUUAGAACUGCAAGCAGACUGCGCUAGCCAGCUAUUCCAACUCUCCGAACAAAUGCAACCGACUCCUAUUCCCGAGUCCGCUCUUACUCAAUCGAAGCGCCGCAAACUUGACAACCCAGUGACAACCCUACUUCAUGCUAUUCAAGCGAGCAGCGCUCCUCACGUCCGCGCCCUUCAUUUACAAACACUACUUUUCUUCAUUGAUCGACAUUGGGAUCUGGUCCACGAUUCCCUCAAGCAAGACAUCGUCAACGUCCUUCUUCAGUUCGUCGGAUACGAUGACGCAGCAAUUCAAUCCUGGGUCUUCCUCAAUUUCGCGGCCAUUUCCUACGCAGAAGGGAUGUCAGAACAGUUACACGCACAGGACGCUCCUGCUGCCCUAGACCACAGCAUUUGGGAUUCAAUUUGGGCGCAUGCCAUUCGCAGGUCAAACGUUCCUGGUAUUUGUCGAGCGGCCUGUCAUACAGGAUAUGCUCUUCUCGUUUCAUCGCGGUCUUACUCCAAAGAUUCAAACGUUCUCGUGACCUUUCACAAGGUUCUGUUGGAGAUUGAAGCAUUGUUCAAAGAUAUGGACGUUCAAGGACCAACCUACCCCUUCGAUUCGGUCUGCAUCUUCCUUUCCAAGUGCUUGGGCAUCGCCAGCCAGGAUGUCCGACUGUAUAGGAUGCAUCUCGAAGACAAGGUUCUUGCAUGGUUCGUGGACAACUGGAAGACGGGUGGCAACCACAUGAAGAUGGAUCCAUGCACAAUCGACGACAUUCUGCUUUUAUUACAAACUACAUGUAGCUUGACAAAGCAAGUUAACGUCGCAGUUGACAUCCCGCUGCCCUCUUCUAGCAUCGUCGACAGCAUUAAGGAGGAGAAUAAGGUCAAAAUUAUUCGGGAUUUUCUGCUCUAUGCGAAGCUUCCGCCCUCAAGAUCAUCUAUCGGUUGUGACAAGCCACAUACGGGAACCACCAAACCUCUGGUUACAACAAGUCCUUCACAAUUGGUGGCACCUCGUGCUAGAGAGCGGAAGAUUUCGUCUUUCCUCCAACGAACCCUCGAUUCGCUUCUUGGUGAAUGGGAAUAUUUGAAGGAUAAUCAUCCAACUGCAGAAACCGCUCGCCGUUCAUUGGAUAUUGCAGUGAUAGCGCUAGCUUUCGAAUCGUUGCUGAUCUUCAACGGAACGUCUGCCAACAGACAGGUCCUCCAAACAGCAGCGAAGAAUAUUCUGCUGCUGACGCCUCUCCUGAAGGACUCGAGAUGGACGGCGUCUGAGAAAAUGCUCGUUGCUCAGGGAUUCGAAGUAUUAGUCCCUCCUGCAGAAUAUCCCCCGAAGAACGUCUUCUCUGAGGCCUUGACUCAACCUGGCCCUCUUUCUGGGAUCAAAGAACGGACACUGCAGGCUCUGGCGGUUAACGAUGUUGCUGGGGAACAAGUCAAGGCAGAUCGCACAGUCUGGCUCAGACUGAUGUGGCAAAAUGCUGAGAUACAAGUUGCAAUGAUACCAAUUGCAAAUGUUCUCAGAUCCCUACUGGGGAGAAUGUUAGGCGAGACCGCAUCCCAUCUCUCUUCAGAGCCUACCGAUAUGGAGGACGAUUUCGGGCCCAUACGAACCACGAAUCCGCAGAAUUCGGCCGGUGCACGUAAAGGCGACAGAGAACAAUCCAUAAAGCAUCUCAUGCAAAUUUGUAUCAACUUCCUCACCUCUGGCCCGUUCCUUCAGUCUUCUUCCGGAGAGCCCGCUCGUGAUCGAGAACUGGUGUCAACUGUUCUCCGAAGUGGGCAGGAUGCGGACAAAUUUCUUACCGUAUGCCCAAUCUUUCUACACCAUGUUCGUCUCGGGACCAUCGGUCUUCCUUUCAAGGAUUUGAACGAAAUCAUGGACAUAUUCGGGAGCUUGAUGGGACAAUAUCGAUAUUCUCGCAGUCAAGAGUUUCUUCAAAUUCUUCUCGACGUCGUGCAAUCGACGUUGGGAAUAUGGCAACACAACGACCCCACAGCGCAGGACGUGCAUUUUAAGUUCCAAAACUUCUGUCAUCACUUUGCCAGGUGUCUCCAAACGGGGAAUCUUCCCUCAUGGAGACUGCGUGAUUCCGUGGCCUUUUUUUUGGGAAGUUAUCUUUCUGUAGAUCCCAGUCGGGCGUUCUGGGGCGAACCCAUUGAACCAAAAAAGAAAUACGAGGAAGAAAACGAAGAGCCACUAGCAAGGCUUCCCGAAGAGCUACUCCGGCUCUUGAACAACGACCCAGAUAUGAGAGUCCGUUUCCGCGUCGCCGCCAUGAAUGCUUCACUCUUUUCAAUCACCCGGCAGCUGGAAAAAACUCCUGUGGAGUUAAAUACAUGGUUGAAAAAAUCAUACUCGGUGGAUGCUGACCGAUGGGAACACAUGUUGAGUCGCAUGCUCGCUGUCGGGAGCAUUAUGGUCGUCAGCUCCGAGGUCCGACGCGGUGUCUAUUGGAACCUCCUGGAGGCGUGCAACACCAAACUUUUGUAUUCUGGGCACACUGGAGUUGUUUUGGAAGCCAUCGCUGAGACGCUCGGAAUGCCCAAUUUAUCGUCACUUUUCGAAGAAUACGCAGCCCAGCUCGCGUAUGCCUUCGCUACAAACAGCACAUCUCCGCUUCUGGCACUUCCGCCCCGUCUCCUGGGAUAUCAAAACAGAAAGCAAGCUGCUCAAGCUACUCUGAGGUUGCUUACUCCGACCAACAUCAUGGAGGAGAAUGGUGCGCCACAUUUCGAAAUGCACCGCAACAUUCUACAGAUAAGUGUUCCGGAUGCCUUGCGAGAGUGCUUCGACGAGAUCGUUGCUCGUUGCAUUACGACUUCAAUAUGUUUUGGCGACGAUAUAGGAUCAAUGCUCAACGAGAAACUGUCUUUAUUGCCGGAUUUCAGCAACCUGCUGGAAGAGCGCAUUGAUGGUAUCAUAGUGUCUCUCCUCCGAUGCCAUGGGGAUCAAGACAUAUCCGAUGAUGGCCCAAUAAUGUCUGCGUUGCGGUCGCUCGAUACGACUGGGGAAAUUGUUCUUGCCUUUCGAUCUCUUACUGUCUACCGUGCUGCGGACAGCUUUGUCCCUCAUGCUCCAAACCUCCCAAAUAUCUCAACAUCCAUUAUUCUUCAGGGUCUCAUUUGGCUUCAAAACCGUUAUCCCCGUGGCUUUACCAAAGCCACAACGUACAACGUUUUGCAUCAGCUCUUGCAUACUCUCCAGAAGACGCUGUUGGUCAAUGAGCAAUUCCGACUCCUCAAUGCAGUAUCACUGUGGAUUGCAUACCGACAUGAAGACUUCCUGGACCCUGCCAUGCUCUAUACACUCACACACGGCUCAACUCUCCUCCUUUCGCAAUCAGAUCUUGCUCGUUCAGCGCAAUCCUUCCUAACGUGGUCACUUCGUUAUUACCGAAAAGGCUCUGUCAAGGAUAUCCGUCUGCCUAAUAUUUUGCUCCGUAUUUGUUGUAUCGCCCACAGGUACUCGUCCGACACAACGAGCGUCUCUGUGUCCCAGCUGGGCAAGCAGCUGAGGCAAUGGAUUGAGGGACGACUCCUUGAUCUAACCAAAUCACCAGCACUGAGGGACACUGUCUCUCAAGCUCUGGCAGCAUGGCCGUAUGCUCCCGAGUCCAACUUGUCUUCACUCUACGACCAGGUCACCAGCUUCGAUAUCCGCAAGGCCCUUGAAGACCACCGCAUCACUUCCAAUAAAUUUCGUCUUGUUCGUAGCCUGAAGGAACACACAGUCGUAUCCCAAGAAGCAGGUUAUCAUAACACUGACUUCUGGCAAUUGAAAGCUUGCAUCCCCCCUCCUGAUGCUGUACAAGACGAAGAUGUCCAUGCUUUCGUGAAAUUCCUAUCGUCGAGCUGUGGACAAAUCGGUACUUUUCCAGUUGACUCUCCUAUCCCUGCCUCGUCCUGUAACCGGCAACGAUUCAUGACGAGACCCCGAAAGGAUCGUCCCGCUGAUGUUGACCCCAUCUUCGCGGGGAAGAAUGCGAUCGUACACACUUUGUUCACGAUACUUGAAGGCCAAGAGUCGACCCAGGUUUCAAGUGCAUACAACACUCUGCGGCUCAUUUCUGGUGUUCUGUCUGUGAAGGAACAUCAAGCGAAGUUGCCAAUCGAGUACAGUGGGGAAUUGGAACUUCUACAUGUCCAUUGUCCCAGGCCUGUGACAUUGCCAGCAACUGACUUGUCAGAAUUAAUGAAGUCCGACGAACAUCUAGAAUCCAUAACCGAUUUCUCUCGAUGGAUACGCCUCUUUUCUAUGUCGGUUGUAGGCGCCCUGGCUCACGUCGAUCCUUUCUACGUCCAAUUGUCACCCUUUGUGCAGUCUGAUGUUCCAUUUGCAGAAGAUAUCCUGCCUGUUCUAGUGCAUGCACUCUUGCAGUUCGAGGUCGCCAACAAAACAAAGGGGUUUCAAGCACGGGUGUUACUUUCCAAUUAUUUCUCCUACAUCCUUACUUCUAUAACUGUGGACAUGUGCUGCCUUCGUGUCAUUGUCGACAUUGUCCUUCAUCUCCGAUCCUUCAAUCCUCACCCGAAUGACGCCCUCGCGUACAACAAAUGGCUGAAGGUUGAUUUCAGACUCCUGGCUCAAGGUGCAAGGGUCUGUGGAGCCUACACGACUGCCCUACUGUUCCUGGAGCUUGCAGACGAAUACAAUAACGACGCCACAGAGGCUCAAUCGUCGGUGGAACAAGUCCUCUACGACAUUUACUCCCACAUUGAUGAGCCUGAUGGAUUUUAUGGUAUCAGCACAAAUGACCUCCAUCAAUUUUUAAUCAAGCGGUUUCACCAUGAGAAACAAUGGGAAAAGGCUUUUCGUUUUCACGGUGCUGCUCUGGAGGCUGAUCGAUCCCGAGGGGCGGAACAAGAAGGACUGUUGGAGUCUUUCCACUACUUUGGCUUUGAUCACCUUGCCAUUGAUACUUUACGGAACUCUAGUUCUUCUGAUCGAUAUCCCUCCUCGAUGAGCUACAAGCUAGGAUGGCGCACUGAAACAUGGGAUUUGCCAGACCAGACAUCCGGUGAUGCCAGAAGUGCUGCUCUCUAUCGUUCUCUGCGUGCCAUAUAUCGUGAACGCGACCCCGUGCUUUUGCAAACUGUCAUUCGAACUGCUCUGCGUGAAGAACUGGAUCAUUUGCGGUCCUUAGGCAAUGAGGAUCUAGCAGAGAUUCGGUCAAUUUCACAGGACCUUAUGUGUUUGGGCGAGGUUUUGCAGUGGCAACAAGACAUUCAGACCCGCUUGAAACGCGAGAGCAUGGAUCUCAGUGUUUGGCACGAUUUCUUCAAUAUUGACCCCAAAUUCGGCUUUUUCGUUCUCGAGUCCAUUAUGGCAACACGCAUUUCCCUGAUCCGAUCGGUCCGCCAGCGAGAAGAAAGGCAACAACUGGGCGACCUUACUACUCCAUUCCUUCGGAAUUUAAUUGACGCAGAAAAAAGGUGCCUGCUUCGCCUCUCGGAAGCGGCCAGGUUGUCUGGCCAGGUGCAAGUUGCUCUAAACUCCGUUGUGCGCGCACAGCGACUAUGUAACGAGCAUUCCUGGGAUGUUUCAGAAGAAUUUGCCAGUGUUCUAUGGCUCCAAAAGGAGGAACGACCUGCAGUACAAUUUCUUCAAGAAAUUCUACGGAGGACGCCUGCCGAUGAAAAUUCAUUGCAGUUGUCUCGUAGGGCACUCGUACUGUCUCGCUUGGGUACCUGGACUGCUGAAGCUUGCUUGGAAAAACCCACCGAGAUUUGGGAGCACUAUUUCUCUACAUCAAUCGAUCUGCUGGAUAGACAAGGUGACGGAAGUGAGAGUCAUGUUUCCACCAAAGCCGCCGUCUAUCGUGCAUGUGCGAUGUUUGCAGAGCGUCAGUACCAUGCUACAUUGGAAUCACCAGAUGCAAUGAGGCGUAAAAUCUACGUAGACCGCAAAAAGCAAGAAAUCGCGGAUCGCCAGAGCUUGUUGGAGAGCCAACGUGACGCGGCCAAAUACAAAGUCCUUCAGACCGAGCAAGAUAGGGCCCAGAAAUUGUUCAACGAAGAUAGUGAACUCUUUCGAAAGCACAACAUGCUUUUGGAAACUUUCUUGAAGCAGGCCGUUGAGAUGCAUUCUCGCUAUUUGGAAACUUCCGGGGAGCACGAUGAUGAUUCCGCGAUUCGGUUCUGUUCCCUGUGGUUUGCCAACUUCGAGGAUCAAUUCCUGCUCGAUACUAUUCAAAGUGCUUUGGGGAGGAUUCCGUCGAUCAAGCUUGUCUUCCUUGCGCACCAAUUAACGGCUCGCUUAUCCAACCCUCCAAUAGCCGAAUUGCCCAAGACACAACAGAACCUGCAGAAUCUAGUCACACGAAUGUGCUUCGAACAUCCAUUCCAUAGCCUUUACCAACUAUAUUGUCUGGCCGAUCAGAAUGGUCCAGACAGCAAUCGGCGACAAUCCGGACGCCAUGGCCCAAGUCAAUCAACUCAGACGGAACGUGGUACAGCAGCAAACACGAUCUUUGACCGCCUCGAGAGCGACCAAGCUUCCAAACUCCGAGUAAGGGAGAUUAAAAUCCUUUGCGAUGCCUGUCUAGAAUGGGCGAAGUUCCCAAUCGCCAAAAAUGAAGCGUUCAAAAGAAAGCAGAACCCUAUUCCCUCCCCGCUCAAGAUAACCAGGUUAUCCAAGUUGAAUGUACCUGUGACCACGGCUCGCACGCCACUAGAUCCGACUCUUCGAUACAACGAUUUCAUCUCGAUCACGGGCUAUGUGAAACACUUCUCCACAGCUGGGGGGGUCAACAUGCCUAAGAUCUGCGUAUGCAUGGGCUCUGAUGGUAAGGGUUAUACGCAACUGUUCAAAGGAGAGGGCAGUGAUGACCUCCGUCAAGAUGCGGUCAUGGAGCAGGUCUUCGAUCUUGUCAACAACGUCCUACGGCGAGAUAGGGAGACCCGACGACGUUCAUUACGCGUUCGUGGAUAUAUGGUUGUACCUCUUGCCAGCCAAGCAGGUCUCCUUGAGUUUGUUGGUAACACAUUCACUUUCCGAGAGUGGUUGCAGAAAGCGCAUAUAAGUUAUCGCCCGCAUGAUUUAAAACCCGGGGAGUUCCAAGGUCGCUUGAAGAAAGUGCAAGACGAGUACAAGCACCAACCUGAGAAGCAGCUCGCUGUUUUCCUUGAGUGUCGAAAGAGGUUCAAGCCUGUGAUGCGCCAUUACUUCACCGAGCAACACAAGACCCCCACUGCCUGGUUCCAGCACCGCUUGAAUUACACUCGUAGUGUCGCGACCACGUCGAUCGUUGGACACGUCCUCGGUCUCGGAGAUCGACAUGUGUCAAAUAUUCUGCUAGAUUCAUCAACUGGAGAGGUGGUGCACAUCGAUUUGGGUAUUGCUUUCGACCAGGGCAAACUUCUUCCUGUUCCCGAACGCGUUCCGUUCCGUAUGACAGCCGAUAUCGUCGAUGGCAUGGGUACCUCUGGUACUGCAGGGGUGUUCCAACGAUGCGCAGAAGAAACCCUUCGGGUCCUGCGAAACGAAUCGGGUGUUAUCAUGACAGUCCUGGAGGUCUUCAAACACGACCCCCUUCAUCAAUGGACUGCAAGCGAGAUCAAAGUCAAGCAGGCGCAGUCUGACGUGCCUCCAACUCCGAACGACGCGACUCGUUUCAACCAAGGCAUCGGCCUUGACAUGACGAGCGGGUCUGCGGACGAGGCUGCUGAUCGUGCACUAACCUCUGUUGCAAGGAAACUUGAUAAAGCCCUCAGUGUGGAGAGCACAGUCAACGAGCUCCUCGCACAGGCGACAGAUCCCAUGAACCUGGCGACAAUUUUUAAUGGGUGGUCCCCACAUUUCUA